CUUCACCACAGGUUCGGUUCUUGUGUUACCUCCGAUGGUCUCGCAGAAGAGCUGGCGGGACCCUCCUCGGAGAUCUUUUCAGGGCGGCCGGCUGUCAGAUGCGGAAUGUCUCGGCGAUCGAGCGCGAGGUGGCCCGCACGGCUCAAUUUCGCUCGCCAGAGCUGGGGAGCUGCGGCUGACGCCAAACUCCAUGCUAGAGGAGUUCGUGCGCAAAGUGCCCGCGAAACUCGCCAUGGCUUCCUACAGGAUGUGGUCAAGUCCAUCGUCAUCUGGACACUAUGCUGCUUGCUUCAGUGUAGCCUCGUUUGGGCACUUGCACAUUUCAGCGUGAGCUUGCAGCUCCCAAAGUGGAUGUCCGGAUCAGGGUGGCUUCUACUGGGCUCCUGCCCCGUGCUCGGAGCCGAGCGGCUGCUGCAACGCAGCGCGGCGGGCGUGAAGCUCCGCGGCAUCUCUGGAGAUGGCCCAAUGAAGGAGGUUCCCAGCAGGUGCUUUCCAGCCAUCAUUUUACUGCCAGCACUGCCAGGAGCGCCGUGGUUUGGCCCAAGACGAGUCAGACUGCUCCUGGCCCUCAUGGCUGGCAUGCUCCUGACGGCCCUCGACAGGUGUUUGUCGCCCUUUGCUGCGGUGAUUGGAGGGUGCUUGGAAACGUUGCUCUUGCUGUUGAGGGCCGGCUUCGCGUCGAUCUGGAUCUGCGAUUGGCGCUUGCAAGAGCUCUGGCGAAAAAAGACCUGAGAAAAAUCAUGCACUGCCUCCGGUGUCUUUGUUGGGCUGGUAGAUCUGUUUGGAGAGUUUGUGCAAAACCAUUGUCAAAGAUGACAAGGGUACAAUCAAGUAGGUUUUUUGAAGAAAACAACACGUUUUCUGUGAUAUUUGUUGCCUAUGUUGGUUGCAAACACAAGAUCCAUGAUGCUAGUGAUGCCUUUUGCAAGAGGAUGAUUAUUUAACAUUUCCUUCACUAGGACAAGCUAUAUAGUAUCAUAGGCAGGGUGGGUGCUUGACGGUGAUGGAAGAACAGCCCCUUGUGAUAAGUGUCGGCCAAUGAAAGUUAGACGGAGGACAUCGAAAGGUCAGGUGUCAAAGAUCCUUCAAGUUGCCAUCUUCACCAACAACAUAAUUCCUUGGUCUUUGAGUGAGCUGAAACGGAGUGAG